AUGAGCAACAGUCGCAAUGCUUCAUCACUACUGCACGACCUCUUCUCACGCUCCGAGCUUCACCUACACGUUCCCCAUUACCGCGGCGACUCGCCGACCUCGUCUUCUUCUUCCUCCUCAUCACGCGACAUAGCAUUCUACGACGAACAUCUCGAGGCGCGGCUCCGCUUGCGUUUGCCAUCCUCCCCCACCCACCUCCCACCACCAACGCGAGGCCACGCGACUUACUCCAUCCCACUCACGCUAGACGACGACGAGUCCGACGAUGUAGACUGGGAAGAGCGAACAGAACAGGCUCGCAGCACCCGCCUCGUCUUGCUGGCCGUGCUCUGCAAUCUUGCAAUCGAGGCAAGAGGAAGCUAUGUAUCCCCUCGUCCACCGCUUGGGAACAGAGAUCUGGUGAUACCGCCUACCACGGCGAGGGCAAGUGCGGGAAAUGCUAGCACGAGCGUCGUCGUCGAGGAUCAUGCAAGGCCGAGACCAGCGAUGAGUGAGCAUGAGAGGGAGGGCCAAUAUCAGAACAUUGAAGCAGGCUUGGGGGAUGAGGUUGCCUUUUACUCGAUAGCAUGGCAGGGCAAUAAAGUGCCAACACGACCGGCUGCGAGGCAACAACACCAGCAGAGCAGCAGCCAGACCGCCACCCCCGCCUCUCAGCCAGAAGGAAUGGGCUGCACAGUCACGUACCACCCGCCCACAGCCUCAUGGCACAUCGAAUGGCCGCUCCUCCUCCCCAUCACCUACGCAAGACAUCGACACCCCACGCCGUCCCUCCUCUUGACCGCUUCCCUCUCCCUUCGACUCUCUCCUACCUCCCCACUCCUCUCAGCCUUGACCGCCGACCUGAGCGGACAAUCACAGUACCUCGCCAUGCUCCCCGCCGAGCUGCGGCCAGCCCUCACCUCCGGCAAUGGCGAGGAGGACGAAGACGAGGAAGAGGGGGCCAGUUGGGCGGAUCAUGAUCUCCUCUCUCCCCUUUCAUCGGGCCCCGUCUAUCCAGAUGAGAGCCCUUCCCAACGAGCAGCAAGAGCAGCUUCUGCCCUCGCCAAGUUGCCCUUGAGCCGCCUGCCGAGCAAGGUAUUGGGCAGCAGGCUCGUCACACCAGGGAGGAGCGCGAGGGAUGUGGGGGCGAAGAUGCGACGGGGACGCGGGCUUGUGGGCAUGGGGGACGGUGAUACAGAGGGAGAGGAGGGGGACUUGACCGACCUGAGCGAGGGGAGCGAAACGAGUGCUACCACCGCCACUACAUCCUCUUCGACCACAUCGUCUUCUGCACGAUUAUCCCUCACUCGCGCUUCGAGUGCCAGCAGCGAUAUAUCGGAUCCAGCUCUGUACGGCCGCUCCUCCGACGCAACGCAAGGCAAGCCCGCCACCUCGCGGGACAAGGACGAUGAUGCCGACGAUAUAGAUCGGGGCUCUUCGGUCGUCACGCUGACACGCUCCGUCCGGCGUGGGUUGGAUGUACGAUCGGCCGUGGGGGUCAGGAUGAGGACCACCAUGGUGGACGAUGUGGAGCUGCCUGUUCUCAAACAUGAGCAAGUCGGCGAGGGCAUGGCAGUCGGACGUGCAGCAUCUUCGAGGAGUCGCUGCCUGGUCCUCUCGGUCGAAGUGGACAACCCAUCCGACUCUGGGAUGGUCUUUCAGGUGGACAACUGCGAGGUAGAAGUCGUCCAGCCCACCUCUAACGGGCAGGAAGCCACCGCAUCAAGUCCACAGGGAUGGCAAGCAGAAGCGCGCCUCGUCCGUGGCGGGGAGACGGCCUUUGACCUCGAGCAGGGGGAACAGCGAAAUCUCGUCUACUUUGUUCGAUUCGUCCCCACCUCAACCCGCACGAGCAACAGAGGAGCAAGCGAAGCUCUGGCCUCGGGUGGCAGCACUAUGCGAAGCAUCUCUAUCGUCGUACAUGGGAAGCCCGUCCUCCUCCCCUCCAGGAAUGGCGAGGAAGACCAGGCAGACCGCCUUCUCACGCCGGCUUUUUCGUCCGUCUGGUCCUGCACGUUGGACUUCCGUUCCCUACUGGAGGACGCAGCAAGACGUGAAGCGUUGCAACUCAAUGAAGCUCAGAGCAGCUCGACUCGGUCUGCCAACACGGCCGUAAGCACAACCAUGCCCGGCGCAAUGAGCGGCAGUUUUCGCCAUUCAGCCAGCGCCCUUCGCCAAGCGCGCGCGAGGGACGAAGAAGAACGAGUGGCAGCAGCAGCAGCAGCAGCAGCAGCCAGUACCCCUGCCACUACGCCGACAACGGCCAGGCCAGGAAUGGAUCGCACGCCCUCCGGUCUGGCCAACGGUCCGCUCGCUCGCUUCACCUCCGCCGGGAGCGCGAGGAAUGUUUCCACGACUACUUCAGCUUCGAGGGGCUCAUCCUUGCAGGUCGCCACUUCCCCAUCAACGACGGCCGCUCUACCAUUCCCCUCCUCACCUUCACCUGGACCCUUACCCUCUCCAUCGCCCCUCCGACAGGUUUCCACCUCCUCAUCCUCAAGCAGUACGAGUACCAUCUCCCCCGCCGGGCUAGGCCUGCUCGCCCAAGCCAAAAUGCGCGCAGCAAGUGCAGCGGAACGCUCUGCCUCUUUCUCUGAUCAGCAGACCUCUCCGGGAGAGCAUCAGCGCGUCUCAUCUCUGGCGUCUAAUAGAACGAGGACCAGUUCGACCUCGAGCGGUAGGAGCAUGUCGAUAUCGACGUCCUGGGAUCGAGCGCCUAGUGGCAGCUUGAGCGUCGCUGCGAGUGGAAGCGGGCCGAGGGAGCGUGUGAGGAGGAGCGUUUCGUCUGCCCUAAGCAUUGCAGAGGAGGAGGGGCGACGUGCUUCCACAGAGCAGGGGGUGAGGACUGUCACUCCCUCUAGCUCGUACGAUGGUGUGAAGGUGCAGGAACGGGGUGGUGCAACUAGCCGGACGGUUUUGCCUGUGCGCAAAGUGGGUCGACCGAGCACGGAUCUUCCCUUGCUGAUCUCGAGUAGGGUGGUCCUCGCCCCGAGCGCAGGUGGUGAGGAGGAGGGCAAGCAGGAAGGUGGGAGGGUAAGCUACGCGUGGGUCAGCAUAGAGGUCUCCCUUCCCGGCCUGGACCAAGCGGGAGGUGAGUUGGCGGGCGAACUCAACAUCAACUACGUCCCAUCGGGCAAGGAGGGGCAAGAUGCUGAGUACGACACGGCAGUUUCCUCACUCUCACUGGAGGGGGCUAAUUUGAGCCUCGCAGCCGUGCAAAAGGUCGUUGAGCGGCACAGCUCAUCUUCGGCUUCGCUAGGUAGGAAGGGCGGGAGCAGCGUUGUGACGACUGUACUUGCAUUGGAGCGGAAUGUGCCCCUCAAUCUGUUCGCGACUGGGCAUGAGGGCGGAAGACAGGGAAGCGCUGAGGUACCGCUGUUGAUUGUUCGAGGCGCGAAGGGUGGGGAAGAUGAUGAGGGGGAUGCACUGCUGCGCUUGAUCGAGGCGGGAUCGCUACAAUUGGGAUGCGCGGCGAUGGACCAGCCCGCAUGGACACUCAAGCUCGGCGCUUAA